UUAAAAUUAAAAAUAACAUGAGCUUAUACAACAUAUACAUCGUUCUUGUACUUUUAUUGUACAGUCGGUCAGUCGUAGGCCAAGAAGACAUCAGACUCUGUACAAAGAUGUACGAAUAUUGCAAACUACAGCAAACGAGUGGUGGACAGAGUGAGCCAUGUGCCGAUCAGAUCUCAGAACCGGGUCGUGUUGGAAAAACUGGUCCACGUGGUAUGCCGGGACAAAAAGGAGAACCUGGUGUCGUUGAUUACAAUCGUGUCAAUGCCAAAAUAUCAGAAGACAUUUCAGAAGUGGAAAUGCGUCUGAAUGAGAAAUACAAUAAGAUGGAAGAAGCAUUGCAAAGAGAUCGUUAUUAUCCGGAUAGUUGUCGUGGAUUACACAAACUCAAUUCUCUUUCUUGGAAUGAAACCGGAGGAGUUUUUGAAAUCUACCCUACCCCUGUUUCUGAAAAGAUUGAGGUUUACUGUGACCUCGUGACAGAUGGAGGAGGGUGGAUUGUAUUUCAACGCCGAAUGGAUGGCUCUGAAGACUUUUAUCGUGGAUGGAAUGAUUAUGUAAAUGGAUUUGGAAAUACGAUUGGAGAAUUUUGGCUUGGUUUAGAAAAUAUCUAUCAGACCUUGAAAAGCAAGACUUACGAACUCAGAGUAGACAUGGAAGACUGGGAAGGAAACAAAGCCUAUGCAAAAUAUGGAGCAUUCUCGAUCGGCGAUUCUUCAACAAAUUAUCGUUUAACGGUUGGUCAAUACAGUGGAAAUGCUGGCGAUUCACUUGGACAUUCCCAACAUCAAGGACGACCCUUCACAACUAAAGACUCGGAUCACGACACAGCAUCUGACGAAAACUGUGCUGUUAAGUACAAGGGAGCGUUCUGGUACGGAGCUUGUCAUGCAACAAAUUUGAAUGGGCUGUAUAUCGAAGGAGGAAAGGCACAACACGCAAUCUCUGUAGUGUGGUAUCAUUGGAAAGGCCAUGAUUAUUCUUUGAAGUUUGUUGAAAUGAAAAUGAGGCAAAAGCAGUAGCCGAAUUAUACUAUGAGUUCACAUACAAUAUUUCUUUAUUCAGCAUUUGUAAAAUACGUACGUUAUAUCUCACGAUUCACGCAGCUAUAUUGGGCACAGUGGUCAUAUAAAUGAUUUUAGAAAAUGUCAAUGUUUUUUGGAAAUCCGAUAGUCUGUUUACAAAGAGUACAGCCACCCAAAGAAUGUUGUUCAUACUUUAUCGCUGUCAUGUAGAUAUCGGGAUUUAUUUUUAUGGAAGCUGAACAAGGAGUAUACUGCCAAUCAAGUGAAAUGCUUUAUGUAAAAGUUGCCCAAAUUAAAAAUGGUAAUAAAUGUGUGAAGACCUGUG